CUUGUGCGGGGAAAAAAAACCGUGCGUGAGGCUGCUGGGUGCUGCCUCCAUUCGCUCUGCAGCAGGUGAGCUUUGGGCUGUGUUGGCAGCAGGUGUAAACUGGCAGUGUAAUGCUGAUGUUAGAAGAGCUCUGACAGACAGACUCGCUGCCCCCUCUGUCCCCCCGCAUCCACAAAGACACCCAAAACAUGUUGAUAGGGUGUAUUCCUGCAUGGCUUGGCCUCACAAUGGCUGCUUCCCUGCAGGUACUUUUGUUCUUUUUACUGAAUAACACAUAAAUAUUGUCUGUUUUUCUCUGUGACGUGGAAGCUGGGUCCGAACUCCCCAUCCUUACCCACUUGUGGGUGUCCUCCUGCACUGCUGUCGCUCAGACAGUCUCAUUGAAGUCCAAACCUCACACUGCCUGCGAGGCAGAUAAACACCGGGUGCCUGAAAUGUGGUUUAAAACCAACUUCUUAAGCUGUUGAGUUAUUUGUGCUAAAGGUUCUUAGGCUCACCGUGAGCCUUUUUGUUGUUGUUGUUGUUGUUGUUGCAGCUGUUGUUUAUGAUAAUCCAGGUGAGGCGAUUUUGGAGGCUGUGCCGGGUGGGUUGGUGCUGGUGGUGCCAUGGCAAGGUGCAGGGCAGCAUUGCCACAUCGCUGCCUGCCCAGGAGCGGGGAGCAAAGUCCUGCCUGUUAGAAAUGCUGCAUGGCUGCGCUUCACCCCGUGGGGGCGCAGGGUGCCCCACAUCCACACAGAGGGCGGGCAGCCCCGCAAAGAGAUCUGCAGCACUUUAACUCUGCUCCCUUUCUCUCCCUGCAGAUGAGCAGGAGCAGCCGGCCGAGCACGGCCAGGAGGAGCGAGCGAACGGCCCGGCCCCGGAGCGACCGGAGGAUGCACUGCCCAGGGAGCAGCAGGACGGGCAGCAGACGCCAGGUUGGUCUCCCCGGAGUGGCCAACAGCCGGCAGAGACCCCACGGAGGAGGCAGUGGCGACAGGGCCGGGCCGGACCUCCGUCCCAACGCAGAGCUGUUGGCUUCAGGAGCAAGGCCGGCUCCUGCUGCCGACACGCGCCAGGGCAGCCAGGGCACCAGCGACUCUGAGGGGGAAGUGUUCUGCGAUACCAUGGAGCAGAUGGAGCCUGAGCAGGCUGGGCAGCUGCUGGCUGAGCGGGGGCUGGUCCCAAAGAGCGCCCCGGCCGGGCGCGUGGCUGGGCGGGCAGAGCGGGGUGAAGGCAGAAGACGGGAGGGGAGCGGCGGUGCCGACCUCGCGGCCCGGGGCUCUGACAGAGAUCCGCAGCUCACCGGGGCAGAAGAGGACGCGGGGAGCCCCGCCGAGCCCACUGCCGUGGAGCAGCAGCUGCUGUCGGAGCUGGACGCCCACGUGGCCGGCACCGUGCGGGCCCUGCAGGACGACAUGCAGCGCGUGCUGGAGCGGCUGAGCGAGCUGGAGCUGCUCACCUCCGCGAAGGACGCACCUGUGGCCGAUCCCGGAGAGCUGCUCGCUGUGCAGGUGAGUGGGGUGGGAGGCAGCGCUGCGCAGUCCCUGCCGGCCUGUUCUCGACGUCCGGGCGGCUCUGUGACCUCGGCUGUGCUGCUGGGGGCGGUGACCGGGCUGGGGAGGGGUCCUUCAGCAGGAGAGCAGGAGGUGGCCAUGGGGCAGGCAGCAGGGACAGGUGUGAGGAACGCGUCCCCCUGCAAUUCUGUCCCCGCGCCCCGUCCCUGACAACAGCGGAGCGAUGCGGUGAGACCCUAGCAGGACGAUGGGCGCAAAAGGGACGGCAGCGCUCGGGGCGUUGGGUGCCGCCCUGCUCUCCCACACCUCUCUGUCCCUCUCCAGGCGGAGUCCCCGUGGCCGCUACCCGCGUCCCCGCACACCCUGCUGUUCCUCGUGGCCUGGCCCUUCGUCACCCAGUGGCUGCUGCGGCGCU